UCAGCAUCCUCAGAUAGAAACCUGGGAGGCUGGGAUGGGCUCAGAGCCCUGAAACAACUGCCUCUGACAGUUUCCUCUUUGGCCCUGUGUAGCCCUGACUGAGCAGCUGGAGGCCGCAGCUGGAGGCCACAACCGCAGUCCAGAGCCCAGGAUGGACCUACGGCUGGGGCCUGAGGCUGCCGCUCCCAAUCCAGGCUGGCCAGCCCUGCUGUUUUGGGGGGUCUCAAUCUUGAGCUGCUCUACCUCGCCAGCAUCUCCCCUUCCUUCUCUGGUACCCCGAGUCAGAACCAGCUACAAUUUGGGAAGGACUUUCCUCGGUCUUGAUAAAUGCAAUGCCUGCAUCGGGACAUCUAUUUGCAAGAAGUUCUUUAAAGAAGAAAUAAGGUUUGACAACUCGCUGGCUUCUGACCUUGAACUGCCCCCUGACUACCUACCUUCUUAUUCUGCAAAUUACUCCGAUGAUUCGAAAACCUGGCGCCCUGUGGAGAUCUUCAGGCUAGUGAGUAAAGAGCAAAAUGAGAUCUCAGACAGGAGAAUCUGUGCCUCUGCCUCGGCCCCAAAGACCUGCAGCAUUGAGCGCAUCCUUCGGAAAACAGGAAGGUUCCAGAAAUGGCUACAAGCCAAACGUCUCACACUGGACCUGGUACAGGGCUUGCCCAGUCCUUUCCUGCGCUGCCCUUCGCAGAGACUCCUGGACCGGGUGGUUCGGCGCUACGCUGAGGUAGCAGAUGCUGGCAGCAUCUUCAUGGACCACUUCACCGACCGUGACAAGCUGCGCCUCCUCUACACGCUGGCUGUCAAUGCUCAUCCCAUCCUCCUACAGAUCUUCCCUGGAGCAGAGGGAUGGCCACUGCCUAAGUAUCUGGGUUCAUGUGGCAGAUUCCUUGUCAGCACCAGUACCAGACCCCUAGAGGAAUUCUAUGGUGCACCCCCAGACCAGGCAGCUGACCUCGCCUACCAGCUCCUCGGUGUUCUGGAGUCUCUGAGAAGCAAUGACUUGAAUUAUUUCUUCUACUUCACCCAUGUUGACGCAGCCAUGUUUGGCAUCUUCAGCAAUGGGCAUCUGUUCAUCCGGGAUGCUAGUGCAUUGGGUGUCAUCGACAAGCAGGAAGGGAGCCAAGCAGCCCCCAGGACAGGAGAAAAUCAAGACAUUUUUAGCUGCCUGGUUUCUGGUUGCCAGGCCCAGCUGCUGCCCUCUUGCAACAAUGUCCCUGACAAGCAGAAUGUAGUGCUCGUGUGCCAGCAAUUGUUGCCUCAACUUCUCCAGGGGAAAUUUCCCUCUCCAGUCCAAGUGGAGAUAGACUCUGCUCUUGCCCUGUGUAGACAGGGCAUCCACCCAGACUCAGAAGUCCUUGGGGCUGCCAGUCGACUAAAGGACAUCUUGAGACCACUGAGAACCUGUGACCCUAGAUUUGCCUACCGCUACCCAGACUGCAAGUACGAUGACAGAUUCUGAGGGGCUGGAGCUUACCUGACCUGAGGAGACAAUAUGCUUGGCCCUCUGUGUCCCCAGUUGAGUGGUCUGCCGGGUGGAAUGAAGCGGCUCCAUUCGAAAGACUGAAGAACUGAAGAACACUAGCUAGGGAGAUAAGGUGUGUGACUGAGCAAUCAUCCCCCCUGCCUCCUCCGAUACAUGGGCAGGACAUCAUGGCAGAGCCCAGGGGUGGGCAUUCGAAGAACAGAAAGUGGCUAUCCACUCUGUCUUUGAACCUUUAUUUCCUCUAUUCCCUACUGGACUCUCAUGAGGCUGUCAGAAUAGAGAGAUUUGAAGGGCUAUGACAUGUGCUCACAUCCUGCAGCUCAGCUGGUUACAAAGUAUAUUCCAGAAGCAUGCACUGUAGUAGUGAAUGAGAAAGACAAUGCAAGUCACGUGGCUACUGUGGAGGGAAUGCAGGAUGAUGCUGAGGCUCUGGAGGACUAAACAGAUUUAGAGUUCAGACCAGGAGGCCUACUUUCUGCUCCUGUCCACCAUGCCAUGUUCCCCCACCAUCAUGGGGUAAGAAGAUUAAGCCCCAGGGGAUUGGCCCACCAAGGCCUACUCCUGAGUCAUGUUCUGAAUGCCCUAAGCCUCCCUACACAACUCCAAAAGCAUCUGGCAGUGUAUGAAGGACACAGGGGUAAGAGGAGAAGGUGGCCAGGGCAUUAGUCCAGGUCACAUAAGAGGCAAGUGUUAGCGGGCACUGGUGUUUCAUGCCUAUAAUCCU